CCUCAAGCCAAGUACCCAGAACAUGACUUCUAAAACGGUGAUGGAGGAGCGGUCUUGGGCUCAACAAACCGUCGACAGGUUCUUCGAAACUCGUCAAUCCCCGACCCAGUUAUACUGCGACGACCACGCUCGUAGGAUCACAGGUGCUUCCACUGUUCGAGAAGUCGACAUUCCGGGGUCGCUGAGCUACACAGUCCUUUGCACAGAUAGCUCAGAUGAGCGACCAGAUAUGAUCGUGUCUUUCCGACAACCAGAGUCUGCCUUGGACCAAACAGUCAUUGAGCUGGCAAGAUUCAUCCACGGCGAUCAGGUACCAGAAGCUACUUUUCACGGCAAAUUGCCAGGUUCAAAUCCACCUUUGCUCGUUUAUACGAUGGCCUGUUUGUCAGGUAGUCCUUGUCUACAGUUAUUCGACACCGAAACUGAGUUGAGACCCAAAGAAGAAGCCAGAUACAUGUGCUUUGUCAAGCAUUUAGCCAGAUACUUCGCUCGGUGUUGGUUAAAUCCACAGCCAGUAGAUCCUACGGUGUCGACAAGCUAUGGGGACGCAAUCUAUCGCCGGCUUGGGAAAAUAAGAAAGUCCUCACCUCUCAUACUCCCCUCCACUACAAUUUUGGAACUUGAACGCAGUCUUCCAAAUCUCGAGGAUAACUUUGAAAUUACUGGUAUUGUCGAUUGGUCAUUGGCUAAAGUACUGCCGUUUGGCAUGGAACUGGACACUCUGCUACUAUCCACUGGUUACAUGGAUCUCAGCGGCUGGCACAAUUAUACGUGCCGUGAACGCAUGAUCAUUUACUUUUGGGAUGAAUUCUGGGCUCACAGUCGUGUUUUUGAUGAUGUACGUCAGCACGAGAUUCGUACCAUGGCGAUGCAAGCCACCAAGAUCGGCGCAGUGCUGCGCUACGCAUUCCAGCGUAACACCGAUGGUUCCCCAUCCGAGGAAUUAACAACGUCUAACUGGGCCUUGAAGACUCUCAAAACUCUGCUAUGUUGCUAA